AUGAAGUUUCUACCACUUCGCGACUUCGACAUCGUCACGAGCGCUCUCAACUUCGAUACGCCAGACUGUCACGUUACUGGUGGUUGCGACCUCUACACGACCAAAGCUGCCGGCUCGGACAAGAAACUGUACAAGAAUAUUGACAAGUCGCUCGAAUCACAGCAUGCCGCUCUGCUCAAGUUUGGCGCCAGUCUGAGCCCUCCGCAGCGCGAAGAGAUGGCCGCCAGUCUCAAUCUGUCGCGCUCUAGCCCGUUUGGCAACCUCGCCGAGAUCUCUAGUCGUCGCACGUUUGCUUACCUCAUUGCGACUUUGAAUGCUUCACACUCCGACUACGACUUCUCGCAUAACCUGCGGCCUACCGAUUUUAAGAGAGAGCGGAAUCUGGGCAAAGUCAUGGCGAAUAUUGACAGUACUCUAGGAAACGUAAGGCCCAAUCCGCUCUCAUUCGACGGUUCUAUAUCUCGCAGCUUCGGCUCCUCGGGCGCUGUGAGCGUCACGGCGGCUUCCGCCACGGCGCCUUGUUGGGGUCCGCAGAUGUGGGCCAUGAUCGAUAAGGAGAUGACUCUUAAGGAUUGCAAUGUCUUCUCCUGGCAGCCGUCAGAUGACCCCUUCGACGAAGAGGAGGGCGCGAUCUGGGCGCUUCACUACUUCUUCUUCAACAAGAACCUGAAGCGUGUCGCUUACCUCUAUGUCCGCGGCGUCCCUGUGAUGAGCCACAGUCCUCGCUUGCACCCGAGGGGCACCGCCACAGGUGGCAUCGUCUCUGCUUCUGCCAAACGUCGAGGUCUGGAUGGCGACGAUGAUCUCUUGUCGCCUCUUGAUGCUGAAGGUGCGAACAAACGCGCCCGUUUCUGGCUGGGCGAUAAGUAUGCCGACCGUCUGGAAGCGUCCGAUGAUGAUUUUGCCGACGAUGGGCUUAUGUGGAACCGCGGCCGAAACGGUGACUUCGAUGACUACUCGCGCUUCGAUGACGAGUUUGAAGACGACGGGUACGACCUCGAGGAGGACGACGAGAUGAUGGAGGAUGACGACGACCAACGUCGCAAGAGCCCUGUGCGUGGCAUGAGCGAGGACAUCGCGGCGCGCAUGGAAAUUGAGUGA